AUGGAUAAUUUUACUAAAAAUGAUGCUUUAAAUUUUGAAUUUUAUACUAAAUUUAUUGAACCAUUUGAAUCACAAAAAAAUCAUGAAAAAUAUAUUAUGUAUUGUGUUGUUGUUUUAUUUUCACUCAUAAUUAUUAUUGGAUUAUUUGGUAAUUUGUGUGUAAUAUUUAUUGCAUGUGAAAAAAAAAUGAGAAAUAGUACAAAUACUCUUAUUAUUGGUUUAGCAUUUUCUGAUUUAAUGUUUUUAAUAUUUUGUGUUCCUAUUACAACUAUUACAUAUAUAUCCCAAAUAUGGAUACUUCCUAUAUGGAUAUGUAAAUUAGUUUAUUACCUUCAGCACACAUCUGCUUACUCUUCUGUAUGGACAUUGACAUUAAUGGCUGUUGAUAGAUAUUUAGCUGUAUGUUAUCCAAUUCGAUCAAUUUCAAUUAGAAAUUCAAGAAAUGCUUUAUUAACAUUAAUAAUAAUAUAUUCAAUAAUUUUAAUAUCACAAAUUCAUAUUGCUUCAGGGCAUGGAAUAUAUCAUUAUAAUUUUAUAUUUGAAAAUAGAAGUACAUGUGCUAUGGAAAGAAUUGCUUAUGGUACAGCAUCAUUAAUUGAAACACGAAUUUAUUAUUUUUCUUUUAAUAUUUUUGGUUAUUUAAUUCCACUUAUAAUAACAUGUAUUUUAUAUUUUUAUAUGUUAAGAAGACUUUGGCAUUCUUCAAAACGGUUUUCUGGAAAGCUUCUAAGACAUAAAAAUGGUAUUAUUAAAGUAAAAAUAAAUUAUGAAAAUUAUAAAUCUAAAAAAAAAGCAACAAAGCUAAUUUUAAUAGUUGUUAUUAUAUGGGCUUUUUGUUGGUUACCAUUUAAUAUUGUUUUAAUACUUUCGGGAAUUGUUUAUCCAAAUACUAUUACACAAUUAUGGGGAAAAAAUGCUACAAUAUGUACUGUUGGAGCACAAAUUUUAGCAUACGCAAAUUCUUGUUUAAAUCCUAUAUUAUAUGCUUUGAUAUCAGAAAGUUAUAGAAAAGGUUUUAUUAAAAUAGUUGUUUAUAUUUUAAAAAUAGGACGAUUGUCCCCAACAAAAUGGUGUAUUUCACAAUUGAAUGAUAUAAGCAUUUUUGAUGUAAGUAAAGACCGAAGUAUAAAUUUAAAUGCAAACUCAAGAAACCGACCAUCAUGUACUUCAUCUAGAUAG